UAAUGUCCUCAAAAGGUUAAUCAAUGAAUUUCUCUAUUGCCUAGGGCCAAACUCUUCAGAGAGAAGAAAGUGCAUGGAGAUUAUGACAUCAAAGUGGAACAGGUAAGCCUCAUUAGGCAAACUGCAUCGAUUUACUUUUGGCACCUGUCUCAGACCUGUCUAAAUAGAAACAGAAUAUGGAUCUAUACUGUAUAUAUGACUCUAUUGUUGUACCUUCUACAUUCACUUCUUCAGAUGGAUCUGUCUGUUUUUCUGCCCUGCAGGCUGAGUUCAGUGAGAUCAACGUCAUAGCUCAUGCCAAUGGGAGCUGUAAUGUGGACAUGCAGGUUCUGAGAAAUGGUACCAAGGUGGCCAGGUGAGACGCACGCACACACACACACACACGCACACACGCACACACACACACACACACACCACACACACCACACACACCACACACACACGAGCCAAACAGUAGUAUCUGAACUCAUUGACAAUUCACCAGUGCUCUGAGAGGCAAUUUUUCCUGAGCAACACACUCAACCCUUAGACAUCGAAUCUGGACAUUUGCCAUGGUUCAGUUUACAUGUGAAGGUCAACUCAGUUUAAUUUCUCUCUGAAGCAACUGUAUAUUCAUUUUUUUACAGGUCAUUCAAGCCUGACUUUGUCCUCAUCCGCCAACACGCCUUCAGUAUGACCCAGAAUGAGGACUUCCGUAACCUGAUCAUUGGUCUGCAGUAUGGCGGCAUCCCCAGUAUCAACUCCCUGGAGUCCAUCUACAACCUGUGUGACAAGCCCUGGGCGGUAGGUAGACAGAGGGCUGGCUGGGUGCCAAGCAUGAUGCUUGUGUAUUUGUGCCUAAAGUACUUAAUUUGCAUAACUUGACAAAUGGAUGUCUGAUGUCUCUAGUUUGCACAGCUAAUAAGCACCUCCAGGAAGCUUGGUGCAGAGAAGUUCCCUCUGAUCGAACAGACCUUCUAUCCCAACUACAAGGAUAUGGUAAGAACCUAAUCAUCUCCUGCUCUGAAAUGUAGCCAUUAAUGUGGACUUAUUUUGCUUUGUUGUAUCAUGAAACCACACAUACAUAAAACAAUAACGUCUACACGAUUUAUCACCCAGGUUGCCAUGCCAACGUUUCCUGUAGUUGUGAAAAUUGGACACGCUCACUCAGGAGUAGGAAAGGUAAGAAUGUUAUUAAGGCUUGAUAUUGUUCUUCUGUAGAUUGUGGGGCUGCUAGUGGUGGGUGGUGAGAGGUGCAUUUUGGUCUGUUUGUUAUUAUUGUAAUUUACAAAAACAAUUGCAUCACAAAAAAAAUGUUAUACCAACAGAACAAAUAUAUGGAGAACCUGGUAGUUUGAGAGAACCACUGACAACUCUCAUCUCCUAAUGUUUUUGCUUCCCUGGGUUUCUAACUGUACUCUGUUGUGUGUGCUGUGUCCAGGUGAGGGUGGAUAACCACAGUAAAUUCCAGGACAUAGCCAGUGUGGUGGCUCUCACCCAGACCUACACCACCACAGAGCCCCUCAUCGACUCCAAGUACGACAUCAGGAUCCAGAAGAUUGGCAAUGACUACAAAGCUUACAUGUACGUAUUAACUAUUCUCCUGUUUUAUGUGUAUGAUAUAUGCUUCUGAAAACGUUUACAUUUUCCACAGUAUAGCUUAAGGAUCGUCCAUUUCUUGAAAUAAUCCAGAAGUGUAAUCAAAUUAAUCCAACGCAAUUGAAUUUGUGAAUCCUUGAAUUAAAGGUCACCAGGGACUUUAAUAUGUAUACAUGUGUAAUGUCUGUCUCAUCCAUUAUAGGAGGACCUCAAUCUCUGGCAACUGGAAGACCAACACAGGCUCAGCCAUGCUGGAACAAGUGGCCAUGACUGACAGGUACGAGUCCUGAACAACAGCAGUACAGCGCCACUGAUAAUGCAUCCAUUCUAAUAGGACAAGACUAGACAAUACCAGACAAUGCCCUGUCUCAUUACGAGAGUCAAUUAUAAUUCACGUAGCUCAUUAAGAGACAAUGUAACUGUCUGUAUUGAUAGGAGUUAGCACUCUGCAAUGUGUUCUCUCUGAAUGGUACACAAUUGAUAACAGCCAUUUGAGUAAUUGCACUGCUACAUGCAAAUUAUUUCUAUUAAAUAGCAUCACACUUGUUCUUGACAUGAAUCUAUUGACUGUGACACUAUGUAAGACCAUUUUGUGUGAGUAUCUAUCCUUCUUCCCCUGUGUUCAGGUACAAGCUGUGGGUUGACACCUGCUCAGUGAUCUUCGGAGGGCUGGAUAUCUGUGCUGUCAAAGCCAUUCAUGGGAAGGAUGGGAAAGAUUAUAUUACUGAGGUAGCGCUUCAUACAGUGCUUGACAUAUUGCAUGAAUUUCGUAUGAUGUAUUACCUAAUUAUGCAGUUGCUCUCUACACACCGACGCAGUUAAAUAUAAUGAAAGAUUCAACAUCUUUGUUAAUCAAUGUAUUGAUGUAUUCCAUGUCCUUGUUUGGUCGCUUUGAGUCUAUCCGGUUGUUAUGGGAGCAGCAGCCUACACAUGAUAUGGUUAACUAUGUGUUCAUGCUCACACAGACACACUGUUGAGAGGAGCACAGGGUCAAGCUGCAGUGCCCCUGGAUGGAGAGCAUGUUUUGGGGUUAAGGGCCUUGCUCAAUGGCCCAACGGUAGGGGAUUGUUUUGAGGAUAUGAACCCAGCAGCCCCUUUUUUUUCCAGCACGCCGGUCCAAGAUUCGAAAAGGUGACCUUUCGGCUACAGGUCCAACUCCUUAGCCGAUGGGCUACCUAUUUCUCUAGCCAUUCAGUUUUCCCCUCAUUUCAACUAAAUGUGACACGCAAUCUACUGUCGGCCCUUCAUAACCUACCUCACUUCCACCUUCUCUUCCUCUGGAAAUAAUACCAUCUUCUGUGUGUGUCAGGUGGUGGGGUCCUCCAUGUCGCUGGUAGGAGAGCAUCAGGCAGAGGACAGGCAGCUCAUCACUGACAUGGUGGUAGCCAAGAUGAACCAGGCAGUAGGACGGACACCCACUGGGUCUCCUAAUAGACCCACCACCAUUCAGCCAUCACAGGUAUGGUGUAGUAGGCUACAUACACCACUGUAUGGGGGAAUAUGAUCAGUCAUAGUCUCACAGGUAGGCUUUUUAGGAAAACCUGUUUGAGAGCCUCCACCUGAAUUAGAGUUUAGUGUAUUACAGCCAUAUCAAAUGAUUGGUCACAUACACAUAUUUAGCAGAUGUUGUUGCGGGUGUAGCGAAAUGCUUGUGUUCCUAGCUCCAACAGUGCAGUAGUAUCUAACAAUUCACAACAAUACACACAAAUCUAAAAGUGAAAGAAUGGAAUUAAGAAAUAUAUAAAUAUUACGACGAGCAAUGUCGGAUUGGCAUUGACUAAAGUAGAAUACAGUAUAUACAUAUGAAAUGAGUACAACCAUAUGUAAACAUUAUUAAAGUGACUAGUUUUCCAAGUCUACAGUGCAUUUGGAAAGUAUUCAGACCCCUUCACUUUUUCCACACUUUGUUACGUUACAGCCUUAUUCUAAAAUGGAUGAAGUUAUUUUUUUUCCCUCAUCAAUCUACACACAAUAUCCCAUAAUGACAAAGCAAAAACAGGUUUUUAGCAUAAAAAAAAAAAACAGAAAUACCUUAUUUACAUAAGUAUUCAGAUCAUUUGCUAUUAGACUCGAAAUUGUGCUCAGGUGCAUCCUGUUUCCAUUGAUCACCCUUGAGAUGUUUCUACAAAUUGAUUGGAGUCCACCUGUGGUAAAUUCUAUUGAUUGGACAUGAUUUGGAAAGGCACCUACCUGUCUAUAUAAGGUCCCACAGUUGACAGUGCAUGUCAGAGCAAAAACCAAGCCAUGAGGUCGAAGGAAUUGUCCGUAGAGCUCCGAGACAGGAUUGUGUCGAGGCACAGAUCUGGGGAAUUGUACAAAGUUUUUUUCACAGCAUUGCAGGUCCCCAAGAACACAGUGGUAUUCAUCAUUUUUAAAUGGAAGAAGUUUGGAACCACCAAGACUCUUCCUAGAUCGGGGGAGAAGGGCCUUGGUCAGGGAGGUGACCAAGAACCCGAUGGUCACUUGGACAGAGCUCCAGAGUUCCUCUGUGGAGAUUGGACAAUCUUCCAGAAGGACAACCAUCUCUGCAGAACUCCACCAAUCAGGGCUUUAUGGUAGAGUGGCCAGACGGAAGCCACUCCUCAGUAAAAGCACAUGACAGCCCGCUUGGAGUUUGCCAAAAGCCACCUGACGGACCCUCAGACCAUGAGAAACAAGAUUCUCUGGUCUGAUGAAACCAAGAUUGAACUCUUUGGCCUGAAUGCCAAGCGUCCCGUCUUGAGGAAACCUGGCACCAUCCCUACGGUGAAGCAUGGUGGUGGCAGCAUCAUGCUGUGGGGAUGUUUUUCAGCGGCAGGGACUGGGAGACUAGUCAGGAUCGAGGGAAAGAUGAACAGAGCAAAGUACAGAGAGAUCCUUGAUGAAAACCUGCUCCAGAGCGCUCAAGACCCCAGACUGGAGUGAAGGUUCACCUUCCAACAGGACAACAACCCUAAGCACACACCCAAGACAACGCAGGAGUGGUUUCGGGACAAGUCUCUGAAUGUCCUUGAGUGGCCCAGCCAGAGGCCGGACUUGAAUCCGAUUGAACAUCUCUGGAGAGACCUGAAAAUAGCUGUGCAGCGACUCUCCCCAUCCAACUUGACAGAGCUUGAGAGUAUCUGCAGAGAAGAAUGGGAGAAACUCCCCAAAUACAGGUGUGCCAAGCUUGUAGCGUCAUACCCAAGAAGACUCAAGGCUGUAAUCGCUGCCAAAGGCGCUUCAACAAAGUACUGAGUAAAGGGUUUGAAUACUUAUGUAAAUGUGAUAUAAAAACCUGUUUUUGCUUUGUCAUUAUGGGAUAUUGUGUGUUGAUUGAUGAGGGGAAAAAACAAUUUAAUCCAUUUUAGAAUAAGGCUGUAACAUAACAAAAUGUGGAAAAAGUGAAGGGGUCUGAAUACUUUCCGAAUGCACUGUAUGUACAUAGGGCAGCAGGUUGAGUAUUACUGUCUCUUAGUAACUAGUGGAUAGCUAUAUUUGUAUAAAACCAACAGUGUGUCGAUAUUCCUGUUUUAAAAGUACAUUCUUUAAAGCAGAAUUGUAUCAUAAGGACGUGUCUCUGGGAGUAUCACUGUGUUUUGUGUGUUUGCAGUGUGGUGGCCAGAAGGACCUGGUGGUUGAUCCCAAGACUGGCGCUACACGCCCUCCUCAAGGUUGUCUGCAGUACAUUCUCGACUGUAAUGGCGUUGCAGUGGGGCCAAAACCCGUCCAGGCCAACUGAGUAGCCCGCCAGAGAGGAAGUCUAUCUAAUAUCAAAAUGAUGAUGACGUACAUUAGCUGGACACAAAAGCGGGGAGGGUGUUGAGGAGAGACGGUAGAUGAACUGAGAUGUGGCUGGUAUUAGUUUGGGCCAGAGUGUAGUGCUGGCCUGGACUGUGUUUUUCCUCUAUGCAGUGUCAAGAUGUACUGUUAACGUGUUUCCCUGUUGAGUUAGUGUGCUUGUAACGGUCGCCUCUGUUUCUCUGUAGCCGUGGUUUUCUUUGGGGCUGUUGUUGACAGGGUAAUAAGCAGAUUGUGCCUACACUGAGUCCAGUGCUGCUGUGUGUGCCCAAUGUUUGAUUCAGUCAUCAUUCAUAAUUUGCCUCUACCCCCCCCCCCCCCCUCCCCCCAUUUAAUUAUCAAUUUUGGUGUGUACUUUUAGAUAUUGUUCAAACUGUGGUUUGUCGUGCAGUUUGACGUUUGUGUAUAUGUCAAUAUGUAUAUGUUGGUGCGUAUGACUGUAGUGGUAAUUAUUUUCAUACAUAUACUAAUACUAAUAUAAUAGAUAUUUAUUUUUGUUUUGCAUGAAUGAUAUGAAGGCAGGUAACGGUAUGUUUUUUAUCAAUCUGGAUGUUUCUUUAGUGAGACCACUAUUAUUAUUUCGGUCCCUGUGAUUUAUGCAUUGUGAAUGUGUCAUAAUAACAAAUACAUAUUGUAUAAGUUAUACAAAAUAGAUGUAUUCAUAUACAACCAAAUAUUAGAGGCAAGAAAGCUGAUGAGUGCACACAUACAUACAGCCAGAUCACUGCUAUGUAAAUGUGCAUUCCUUUCAUUGUUUGAAAGGAUGUUCCAGACAUGAUAUGAUACUUAGAGUUGCUGUUUCUUUGUCCAUUGUUAGCAGAUAGCUAACCCAUCGAGAUACUUCCCUCAGUGAAUGUUGCUAUAACAACCAACUCUUAGCAAGACAGUUCUUUGACAGUUUUAUGAACUGUCUCUAUGCACAGAACACAGCCAUAGAUGUCUUCAUGUGUAUGAGGACAAGCAUAUUAGAUCACUUACAAAAUUACAAUAGACUACUCUACACUGUAAAAUAAAAUCCUGUUGUUUUUACGGUAACCUACUGGCAGCCAGUUACCUGUAAGUUACUGUAAAAAAAAGUACAGUAUGUUACCAUAAAUUCCAAAUUAACUUUGGUUUAACGGUACAUUAGUACAUUUUACAGUAAUGCACUGUUUAACCAAAGUUUCUUUGGAAUUUAUGGUAACAUACUGUACCUUUUUUUACAUUUAUUUACAGGUAACUGGCUGCCAGUAAAUUACUGUAAAAACAACAGGAUUGUUUUUUGUGUACCAUUUUGAGCCAUAAUACAUAUUUGACUUGUUUAUUAUCACUCAACACUUAUAAUCACAGUCCCCCACUGUAAAUAUAUGGGAUUGUUUUGUGGCAGCUGCAGUUGGAUCGUGAGAGGAGAGAUUUUAUGUGAUAGAGUUAGAGAGUAACUAACUGUGAUAGUCGAAUGCUCUCAUUCAUUCCAAUAAUGAAGAUUCAUUAACAUAAUGACUCUAGAGGUUUGUCCGCUAACUAAUAAGAUUCCAGUAACAACCGUUGCCUCUUUGGCCUACGAUUCAUGUGUAAACCCUUUUUUUUUUUUUUUUUUUUUCAGUAAGAAGUGAAGUAGUCAAAUUAGUCCUGUCACUUUCAAUUAUGUUGUCAAGUCGAAAAAACGAAACUGUGAUUCAGUUAAAUGGUCAAGGUGUGACGUAAUAUAUCUGAAAUACUAGGUUUCUGAAACUACCAUACACAGACGUCCAUGCAGAAUAUCAACAACCGUAUUGGUGUUGCCACGACAACAGUGAUGGCACUGUUUUGCAGUGAUGAUGUGCAUGGAGUUAUGCUUAUGUUACUGCCAUUUAAAGAUUAUUUGACAUAUUUGCCUUAUCAUACUCCUCUGAGUAAAUGGAGAGUGCAAUACAUGUUUUUAACUUUAGAUUCUUUAUUUUUAUUACCAGAUAGUAUUCCAUAUUCAUAUAGCUAUAUUCACAAGUGGGAUACAAAACAUUUCCCAUAGCUACUCCUGUUGUACAUUAAAAACACCUGCAUUAAGUAGUAGUUAAUCAUGUAGAAUCCAUGCAUAUGUCCUAUUUGGUUAAAUGGUCAUACAACUAAGAAUACAGCUAUAUCAAGAUCAUUGUAAUUGUGUGUCACAUUCUAAAACACACUUUUGUUUGUUACUAACAGAAUUGUACAAAUUAACUAUGUUAGCAAGCUCUAUGUGCAAUUUAUUUUCCAACGUGAAUGAAAUGCCAUUGUGUCUGUGCAGAUAACCCGGAGAGUAACCCUGUAAAAAGCCUUACCUGUGGCUUUAUGCUUUUGUGUUUUGGUUUGUGGGGCAAAAUGCCAUGACGUUACUACAAAAGAGAGGAUAGAGGGGAGGUACCAAUGUCCUUAAUAGUUGCAUGGUGAGGUAUUUGUUCUGUAACUAAUUGAUCAAAGUAACUAUUGUCAGUGGAAACUCAAAAUCAGGUGAAACCUUUGCUGGCAUAGUUUUUCAAACCGUCUGGGUUGCAGCUAUUUGGGACCAGGGUUGCCACCAACUGUUAAGUGUGUACUAUAGGAACUAGUGUUAAACUGUUUGAAACAAAUCCAGUACAGAAAACAAUACAUUGUGGAAAGAUUCCCCAACUGGAUAUUUUCCCCCUGUCACUGGCAAUAAAGCUUCCUUUGCAGUAUAUUCUCAGUCUGUGUCGCCAUAUAUUUGUUAUGGUUGUAUAAAAAUACUAUAUCAAUGAGCAAAUCACACUAUAUUGUGGCACUAUGUACAUACAGUAAUUAGACUCCUUAAAAAGGUAUGUUUAUAGAAAUAUAUGUGGAGCAAGAGAACCAACAACAAACAGGUGAAGAAAGGUCAGAACACAAUAUCAAUUUACUUUUAUUUUAAGACC